GAAAGAAGUAAGUCACUUAUUAUAGAGGCAAUACCACGGAUAGGAAAGAUACCAAACCGCCUUAAGAAAAACCACAAAGGGUGCGACGGUAUCCAUCCUCGGCGACUCCCAUUUGAUUCCCUCACAAAGUUUCCGAAGUCACGGGAGCCGCCCCAUGGACGCCAACCUCAUUUACGCCAACCUGCCUCUCCGCCGGCGCGUGUUCUUCCUCAUGGACGUGGGGUUUCUCGAGGACUGCUUCUCCUCGCCGGCGGCCGGCACCGCGGCGGGCCUGCGCCGCGUCCACGAGGUCCUGGGCCAGGCCAAGGCCCAACUCGAGGCGCCCUACACCGCCAACGGCGUCACGCGGGUCACGGAGCCUUCGGACGACCGGGUGAUUUUUACGCUCUCGACGCUGAUGGACCUGACGCUGGGGAAUCAACCCGGGCCAUCGUCCGGCAUGGGCAUCGCAUCGUCUACUCGGGCCCGCCACGUCUGGGCUAUCCAACUCGAUUCGCUUCUCUACGCCUUAGAGGAUUCAAGUGACGCCCGGCGGCUCUCAAACGAUACGGCGGAAGUGGUGCGUAAAACACUCUGUGGCUUGAUCGGUAUCUUUUAUUCAAAAGGUAAAGAAUAUUAUUCUCGUGAAGAAGCUACUUCACUCCAACUAGAUGAGAAUGACUUGACAAAGUCAACUGAAGCCUUCUCUGAAAAUGAUGGUAAACCAAGGGGUGGCGCGAUCACGCGGCUGACGUGGAGUCUGGCUUCACCCAUUUCCGAAGACGUGUACAAGCUUCUCACGUCCUGACUUGGUGAAGUAUCUUUGAACUCUGCUGCUUUCGUGUGUUCGAUGUGCAAUUAUAAACUUUAUGCAACUAUACUUUCGAUUGUUGCCACCAUUAGAAAUUUCUUGAGCAACAUCUGGUGGUACGAGGGAAAAA